AAAUUAAAAUAUUGCUGACAUCAUAAUAAUAAUUCUUUAUUAAUGAAGUUUAUUGGCGACGUGGUAGUAUCUCGUAUCAUAUGUAAAUACGAAAUAUCAUGAGUAGUACAGGAGUGGGAGAAAGUUAAUCGAUUGUAGUUCCAGGCCGACGUUUUGUAGAUUUGAACCAGUGCCAUAAUACGAGUGGAAAGUUCUCUAAAGUUCCAGAUUUUUCCAAUCGUUUCGUUACCAAAGCACAAUGUCUCUUGACGAAAGAUUUAAUAAAGCUGCAGAAGAGGUGAAAGAAUUAAGUGCUCCAGCUUCGGAUGCUGACUUGCUUGAAUUAUACUCACUGUACAAGCAAGCUACUGUUGGAGAUUGCAACACAACAAGGCCAGGCAUAUUAGAUUUCAGAGGUAAAGCUAAAUGGGAUGCUUGGGACAAAAGGAAGGGCAUGAACCAAGACGAUGCAAAAGAACAGUACAUUCAGAAGGUGGAAGAAUUGAUAUCCAUCAUUGGGAAGAAAUAAUGCGACAAAUUUAUAUACACACUUUUACCAAAUUUUAUCUUUUUUAUACAAUUAUAAAUAUGCAAUGUAUUUAUCAUCUUUAAUACCAGGGUGCAGUAGUUGCAAAAAUGUUUGAAUACAUCUUGAAUUAAUCUUUUUGAUACUUGAUAUUUAAAUGAUUUAACUGUCUAUGCUGGGUAUAGACAAAAAUUGUUACAAGAAAUUAUGUUAUUGAAAAGGAAUUGAUAUAUUGAAUUGAUAAAUCAAA